UACAUCUGGAUGCUCUCUAUCGUGCCCUACUCCUCCUGUUUUUCUUCGUCCCCCUAUCCAUCCCAGAGUCCUUUCUUUGCAUUUGCCCACCCCGAGUGCCCUCCCCCCCCCUGCGCUUCGUUUGCUUGGCCUCGGCAUUGCCUUGCCCUCCCGGAAUCCCCCUCGGCAACCGACAAUGGCCUCCCCCGCGCCAAGCGCCGUGGAAGCUGCGGCGGCCAAUAAGACCCGAUCAGCCAUCGCACAGGCUGCACGCGGCGUGGUGUCCAAUGGCCAGCUCAUUACUGUGCAGUCCGGCUUGACGGGCGAGUCAUUGCAGGCCAUCACCCCGGCGGCCGGCGAGCGGCUAUCCUUCGGUCAAUCGACGCAGCCGACGUCUGGCAGCGUGAGCGUUGGCCCGGUGGCUCCGGAUCUGCCUUCCAUGCAGAUGUCCCUGAACUCCCAGGCCCCGCCGGUGUUCCCUCGGCAGCCGGUCCGGCCAUCUGACCGCCGCCGUUGCCGGCCCUGGGAGCACCGGGAGUUUUCCCACCCUUGUCGAUCGGACCGUUUGCGCGUCAAGCGGUGGAUGCCAGCCUCCACAAGUGCCGAAGAUUCCUUCCCCGAGGCAAACUUCCACCUGGAGCCGGUGGUUAUGAGCUACACCGAUGAGGAGUACCAAGACCUUCUGCAGGACCUUGAGUGGACGCGCGGCGAGACGGACCUUCUCCUGGAGCUGAUUCGCAAAUACGACCAGCGCUUUGCCAUCAUCUCCGACCAGUGGCCAGAUGAUAUGGCCGGGAUCCGGCCCCGGCGCUUUGAGGACAUCAAGGCGCGCUACUACAAUGUGGUGUCACGUCUGGUGAUUGCCCGGGCCGAGGCCGCGGCCGGGGCAUUGGCUCCCGAGCCCAACGAGUCGCCUGAGCAGCAUGCAGCUCGGCGCGAGGCGCUCAUCAACGCGGCCGAGGCCCAGGUGGCCGGGUAUGUGGCCUACGACCCAUUAUUGGAUGCGGCCCGUCGGCAGACCCUGGGCCUGUUGCUGGCUCGGCCAGCGGCCCAAGUGGCCGAGGAGGGCCAGUUGCUUGCCGCUGCCGGGGCCAUCGAGAUGCGGUCGCGGCGGGCAGUUCGGGACCGGCAGCAGGUGGUCUCGCAGUUGUCACGCCUGGAUGCGGCAUCAGCGAUGGCCUUCAAGAAGCAACUGGCCAUCGCACAGACAUAUCGGCAGCAGUCGGGCGUGCCCCUUUUCCCGGGGCCGCGCACGGGCGAUGCGACCGAAGCUGGCCCAGCUGGCACGGCUCCGCUCCUCUCUGGCCCCUCGAGCGACUCGUUGUCCGGUGAUGUCGGGGGGUUGUCUGCCAGUGCUUCGCAGGCGAGUCUCAGCACCGAGUCGGCCCCCGGGCGGGCACCCACUAGCGGGCCUGGGCGGGGGCCCGGUCCCGGGCGAUCGACUCCCAGUGCUGGCGUUGGCCCUGGUGCCGGGGCGACUACGGGCCGCCAAACAAUGGUCCCGGGCGAAGCGGCCACCGGGCCCGGGCGCAAGCAUCGGCGCUCUGCCAGCAUUCCUCCCUCGACCGAGUCGACGCCCGGCCCCGCAGUCACGCCAGAUCCAGCGGCCCCGGGUACAGCCACCCCCUCAGCGACUGGACGGAAGCGCGAUGCUCGCGAGGCACGCAUUCCCCCUGGCGUGUCGCUAAAGAGCGCACGCUUCGGCCCACCGAACACCAUCAACUCCAAGUCCCAGCGUCGUUACGAGCAGAUUCUCGAGGAAGUUCAGGUCCCGCCCAAGUUCCGUGCGGCCACCACGCCCGUGGUGCAGGCCUUCGACCAGUUCCGGCAAAAGGCCCUGCAUCUCAUCGACCUGUCGCGUCAGCUGGAGCGCCGCGAGCAGGAGCGUCGGGCUGCCACACAGAAGCACAGCAGCCUGUCGCAAGCCAUCGGCCCGGAGCUGACGACAGCCGCCAAGUCGCGUGCGGCUCUGGCCUUGGCCGAGGCCGGGGCCUCCGGCAGCGCCCCAGGCGGUCGCGUCAAGCAGGAAAAGCUGUAGGAUUGCAUGUCCAACUUUGUGGGUGUCCCAAUGAAAAGUGUCCCAUUUUCGAUAGCCCCCCC